CAUGCUUCACUCCUCACCAGCUCAAUCUCAUCCAUUUAUUAAUUUCAUUUUAAACAUAAACAAAUCACUCUGCUUUCAUGGCUUCUGGUGGUGUCAAAGUUCUGGGUUCAAAUUAUAGCCCAUUUGUGAACCGGGUACAAAUCGCUCUCAAUCUUAAGUCAGUCGAGUUCGAGUUUAUUCACGAAAAUUUGAAUCCGAAAAGUGAGCUUCUGCUCAAGUCCAACCCUGUGCACAAGAAAAUUCCUGUUCUGAUCCACGACGACAAGUGCAUCUGUGAAUCAAGUGUUAUUGUUCAGUACAUCGACGAGGCCUGGACCGGUAAUGGUCUCUCAAUUCUUCCUUCUGAUCCCUAUGAUCGUGCUGUUGCUCGGUUCUGGGCUGCAUAUUAUGAUGACAAGUUAUCUCCCAUGGUGAAGGAGCUAAGAUCGGUGAAAGAGGAGGAAAGGGCUGCAUUGGUAGAGCGAAUAGACGAAGGACUGGGAUUGUUGGAGGAAGCUUUUGUGAAAUGUAGCAAAGGGAAGGCCUAUUUUGGAGGAGAUCACAUCGGAUACAUUGAUAUUGUUAUAGGAAGCUCCUUCGGAUGGAUAACAGCUAUGGAGAAAAUGAGCGGCAAGAAAUUAAUUGAGGAAGCAAAAACACCAGGUCUCUUCGGAUGGGUUGACAAGUUCUUGUCGAAUGAUGCUGUUAAGGAUGUUAUACCGACAACAGAGAUGUUUCUUCAACUUCUUGCCAAGAUGCAAGCCAAGCCCACAGCUUCUUAAAUUUGAUGGAAAUAUGGUCUUCAUUGUUUCUCAUCUGCAUUUCUUGUACCAUCUGUAUCAGUUAUGAUUGAUCUAGGGACUGUGCUUUGUUUGUUGUUUAUCUGCAGCCGAUUACACGACAAAAAGAAGAAAUAAAACCUCGUUUGCAUGAUGGUUUUAAUAUUGAAA